GGUAUAAAUAACAUGUACUUUUUGCAAUUAAAGCAUAACACAUUCUUACCUUCAAUCAUUAAGUAGCAUUAAACAGCAAUAAUGAGAUUCCUUCCGAUUGCAUUUGCUGUGAUAGCAGUUGUUCGUGCGGCUACAUUGCCGGCCGACUAUCUGCCACCCGUUGUGGAUAACAGUUUGCCUGUACAAGAAUACUUAGCGCCAGUUGACGAGGCUGCACAAGAACAAACUGUGCUCGCCGAUGAUGGUUACCGUUAUAAGGCAGUACAUCGUCUAAAACUUCGUCAUCGCCGUGAUGUAAAUGAAUUACCUGAAAACGAAUACCUGCCACCUGCGGAGGAAGUCCAAGAGAGUGCUGUAGAAGAAUCCGUUGAGCCUGCUCCUGAAGUUAAAACUGAAUUAGCUGAAGAUGGUUACCGUUACAAAACUGUUCGUCGUUUGAAAUACCGCAAGCGCCGUGACGUUGAUGAAGUCCCACAAAACGAAUACCUCCCACCUACUGAAGACGCUCAAGAAUCCGUUGUUGCUGAGGUUACUGAAGCCGCUGAGCCACCUGCUGAGGAAGGAACCGAAUUGGCUGCUGAUGGUUACCGUUACAAAACAGUCCGUCGUUUGAAAUACCGCAAACGCCGUGACGUUGAUGAACUUCCAAAAAACGAAUACCUUCCACCUACUGAGGAAACUCAAGAAUCCAUUGUUACUGAAGCCGCUGAGCCAGUUGAGCCCGCUGCUGAGGAAGGAACUGAAUUGGCUGCUGAUGGUUACCGUUACAAAACAGUCCGUCGCUUAAAGUACCGCAAACGCCGCGAUGUUGAUGAAGCUCCACAAAACGAAUACCUCCCACCUACUGAGGAAACUCAAGAAUCCAUUACUGCUGAAGUUGCUGAAGCCACUGAGCCUACUGCUGAGGAAGGAUCCGAAUUGGCUGCUGAUGGUUACCGUUACAAAACAGUCCGUCGUUUGAAAUACCGCAAGCGCCGUGACGUUGAUGAACUUCCACAAAACGAAUAUCUACCACCUGUUGAGGAAGCUCAAGAAACUGCUGUUACUGAGGUUGCUGAACCUGCUGAGCCAGCUGCUGAUGAUGCUACCGUCUUAGCUGAUGACGGUUACCGAUACAAAGUAGUACGUCGGCUGAAAUACCGCCACCGUCGUGAUGUGAAUGAACUACCCGCUAAUGAGUACCUGCCACCAACAGAGGAAGGCCAAGAAGUUGCGGAGCAGCAACCAGAAGAAGAAACAGCUGCGCUCGCCGACGAUGGCUAUCGGUACAAAACUGUGCGCCGUUUGAAAUAUCGCCGCCAUUAGUUAGAUCAAUUGCAUUUUAAGACACAUAGGAACAAAAAGCUAUUAUUCAUGUACAUAAAACAUAUAGGCAAAGGUAUACACUUAAGAUAUGAAGGAAGGAAUAAAGUAAAUCACGAUAAAACAUAAAACAAAAGAAAAAAUAAACGAAAAAUAAUUCAAAAUAAAGCAAAACGGU